CGAAGAGCUUAUCCGGUCCUUUGGGUCCGGCAGACGUGGGUACUGCUGGCCGGUACAUGCAUUCUUACGUACGGAAGCCUUUCACGAGAUGAGCUUGAGGGCCAUGUCAUAAAGAUUCGUGACGAGAUCCCGCACCAUCAGAACGGCGACCGAGGCAUCCGCGCGAUUGACCAGUCGCAGAGGUCUUUUUACAUCCCGGCCUCAAACCGCAAGACUUUCUAUGCAAGAAUUGCAAGCUGCAAUCAUUGAUCGGCUGAGAAGGGCGGGGCAAGACGAUGUGGAAGGAUAUAUUCUUCACCUCCGCCUGCCUGACGGUCAAGAAAUUACCCAAGAAACGUGGCCGAACAUACAGAAACAGGAUGAGCUGCCCUUGAUAGAAAUCUCUCUGGAUCGUCUCACUCCUUCAAAGCCGUCCCGCAGCGCUUCCAUUUCGUCCGAGGACUCGGAGGAUGCCGGCAACGAGAGUUCAAGUGAUCGCAACGACCCUAGGCUGAAAGUAGGAGAAGAGACAGACAUGGAAGCAGACAAUACUACAUGUAGCCGAACAGGGUCGCAACACGGGGCGAAGAUGGAAGGACACCAGGGCGAAGGCAACUUCCUCUUUUUGAAUCCGGAACCAGAACCUACGGGUACGCAUCCAGUCCUCCCCGCUAAAAUGAUUUGCUAUCGCAGCACGGCCAAGAAUUUCGACUACGGUUUCAGUGAAGGCAUAAGGCAAACGGAAAAGAGACUACACCUCCUGAACGGCGGUGAGGAUCCGACUAGCACCAAUCUAAACACGUCAAGCGGGCUGUUUAAGGUCUUUCACAAGGCCUUCGGUGCCGCCGUUAAGGGUCAGGAGACGGAACCGCUCACCUUCGCCGAGUUUACGCAGCGAGUAUGGAACCCAGCAAAGGGGAGUGGGUCAUGGAGAAGCCAUUCGCCGCUGGUUGAUGACGAAAUGUUGAGGGUAACGGAGGAGUACUUCAAGGUCCUACCGCGAUAUACGAGGUCCGAAUACGUCGGCGCCGGGUCUCCGGACCCUAGCGUCGGUGGUAGUGCCAAGCAAGAACGGAAAUCCAAAUGGAUAAUAUCUCAAACCCGAAUCCGCCAAGACAAGGUCCAAAGCCGAGGUCUGGCAACAGCAGACAGCGAUACGAAUUGUGAGCUCUGCGCUAAUGGAACAAUUUACACCACGGUCGAGAGCGCAACGAACCACCUCCGUCAAUAUCACAAUGUGAUAUCCAUAACGGACGACGGGCUGCGUCAUUACAUAGUGCCAUUGAGUGUUGCCCUGGCUGAGUGGCGGCUGGAGAGGCAUAACGAGGUGCUUCGAGGCUCGCGCGACGCCCUGGUCUCGGUGCUGCGCAAGCUGGUCGCGAUUCAGAACGGGGUGGUUCACGAUGAUGAGUUCAAAGAGAAACGGGGCCUCCCGCACGAGCUGGUCGACGCCUUCGCAUACAUAGUGGCCUUUGUCUCCGCCGUGCCCUGCCUGCUGCAAGACAUCUCGCAUUUGUACGCCGACGAACUCGUCCACAAAGACGGUCGGAAGUACCUGAGUAGCCCGGAGGUGACACAGCGGAUGCGGACCUUGUUCCAGCUAAGCGGCGAGGCCGAAAGGCAGAUCCGGAAGGCAGAAAGAGCCCUGGUCUCUUCCGCGGCGGGGCUAGGAGGGAAUCAAGACGAACCCGACAGUUUCGAAAUCUCGGUCGGGCCGCACUAUGUGGCAGCGCAGAUUGUGUGCAAUUUGCUCAAGAUGCCGGUGCAUAACGGGAAACAGGCUACAGCUUUAUACGAAACAUAUCUGAGGAAUCUGAAAUCCCAGUUCCUCCGCCAUCCCGACAAGCGCCAGAUACUAAGCAUCACCGCCUUGGCCGACGAGCUGAAUCUUAUCCACGACUUCCACCAAUGGCAGGAGGAAAUGCUACAGUCCUUCACCCUCAUACUCGACCCCGGCACCUACCGGCGCUCGUCACAUCUUAAGGGUUCAUCUGAAUCUGGCAACAUGAGCGACAAGGUCAAUAGCAGAUCCAAGCUCUACGCCAUGGAGCGCGCGCUCCUGGGGCGACAAAUCUCCCGUCUGGCCAAGGACGUGCGCCGCACCUCGCAGAUGCUGGCACAAUGUUCUCGCAUGGUGGAGGAUGUACGCAAGAUAACCGAGAUCACGGCCGACGACAAGUCACGGGCCAUCUUCAUCUUCACGACCGUCACCACCGUGUUCCUGCCGCUGAGCUUUGUCUCCUCGUACGUUAGCAUGAGCGGCGGGACGACGGGGCUAGACUGGGCCGGCCUCCAACUGCUGUUCUGGGAGGUGGCGAUACCGCUGACGGUAGGGGUAUUCGCCUUUUGCCUGGUCGUCUCGCAGGCGAACUGGUUUGCACAGGUCCUGCAUCAGCGGUUGUUGGAUCUCGGGCUUGCAUGGGAAUAUAUGGCUAGGUUGAUUCCAGCCAGUGACUCCCUACCCGUCCGGUGGAUGGGCCACCUGGCUCGGUUACCGCAGAACUGGGCUACAGAAAGGAAUUCGGAUGCCGAGUCGGAAUCGAGCGUUGGAGAGGAUGGAUACUAUGUGGUGUGACGAUUUAGAACGAGUUCACCUUGUAUCGAGUUUCACUGGUCACUGUAGGUACCUGGUCUUGGGAACCAAUAUACCACUUGACUGUGGCCUCCCAUUGUCCAGCUUUAUCUCACUAGCC